ACAGUUUAAUAACUCUUACUUAAUGUUUGUCCUUAGGUAUGGAAUGGACCUAAACGGCGCAAGAAGAAAAAACGCAACUAGAGAGACAACGAGCACCUUAAAAGCGUGGCUGAACGAGCACAAGAAGAACCCAUACCCUACGAAGGGCGAGAAGAUAAUGUUGGCGAUCAUCACCAAGAUGACACUGACGCAGGUGUCGACGUGGUUCGCCAAUGCGCGCCGCCGGCUCAAGAAGGAAAACAAGAUGACGUGGGAGCCGAGAAACAGGGUCGAUGAUGAUGACAAUAAUAAUGACGAUGAUGACCAUAAAAGCAACGAUGGAAAAGAUGGACUAGAUGGAAAAGACUCAGGAACCGGCUCUAGUGAAGACGGAGAUAGACCUCAGCAAAGAUUAGAUAUGCUUGGGCAAAGGACAGAAUCAGAAUGGUCCGAAUCACGCGCUGAUAGUGGUCCCGAAUCACCUGAACCUUAUGAAAGACCUAUUCACCCAGCCUAUCAGCAUUUACCUUCCCGUGCGCCACCCGGCAGCACUCCAGCCUCAGCAAAGCCCAGAAUAUGGUCACUAGCGGAUAUGGCAAGCAAAGAGGGUGAAGCACCAGCACCACCAUCACCAGCAUCCGCGUUCUACCAGUCAGCAGCCGCUGCGGCGGCAGCUCGCCUUGCUCACCCCUACAGCCGACCUGAGUUAUAUCGAGGCCUGUAUCCUCCGACUCACCCGGCGGACGUGGCCCUCCUCGAGUACUCUCGUUCGCUGGCGCUGGCUGCACCUGCCCCCGCACCUCCAGCUCCCUCACCGUCCUCAUCGUCCACGUCGUCGCUGGCCGAGCCCCCUCCCCCACCUCGGGCCUGACCACAAGCCCCACGCCCGCCGUUGGCGCAUCGACAAUAAUUUCGAUCUCCCCUGAAAGUGCCGCGAGAGGGCACUCAGCCUGUAAAUAGCGAUAGACUAAUAUAAAUAUGUAUACAUACGUAUAAAUACGUGAUAAUAAUUAUUAUGCACCGGUAGAGAAGCUUAGAUUUGUGAUAGUGGACACAUGCGAGCGGUGCGCCACCUGCCGCCGCCCGCGCCGUGAGGUUGACAACUCGCAAACGACGUCGACGCAGCGCCCGCGCCGACCGACCGACAAUACUAGGUGCUAUACAAGUUGGACCUUGCGACAUGUUGCUGUAGUUAUUAUUGGAGGUGGUUAACGAAGUGAUUUCAUUCAAAAUAGGUAUUAAUAUGUGUUAAGUUUCUUAUACAUAGAUAAACAACACUGUUUUAGAUUAUUAUUUGUAUGUAGUGUAAAUUAUUAUUUCAAAUAUUCUACUUAUAUUUAGUGCCUAAUUACGUCCAGUGUUUUCUAUUGUUUGAUAGUUUCUUAUAAUAUCUAACAUUCGAAUUUUAAUAUUUAUUGAUACGAGGUCAGUAGUAUAACGAGUCGUUAAUAUAAGAUUUUUUUAUCUACAAUACUUAUAUCAAUAAUUUAUAUCAGAUUUGGUGAGGAUUUCAGAAAGUCUGUAUAGCUUUUUCUAGUCAAGAGACUAUGAUUGUCUGUGUUAAACAUAUAUGAAAUUACAUAACUAUGUCUAGUAAUCACCUUUAGUUACUAAUGAAUUCCCGAUGGUAGGGCUGGCAUGAACAAUAAUACGUCAUCAAUAUCAACAUACUAUGAUGAAAUCACACAGGUAUUUUAUUAGAAUUUCUUACGCCGCGGGCCGUGCUGUGGCAGGUAUGGGAGUCCCUGGUAUAAAACCCUAUUAUCUGUGUUAUAAUUCAUAGGUAAUAGGCACCUAAAGUUAGAAACUUUAAACCAUGUGGGACCAACGAAACGUGAAAUGCGGAAGAGAGUCGGGCUUCCUGCGAAAUUAAAAUAAUUAGAGUCCAAAUAAAAGUUGCUCGCUGCUAUAGUACAUAAUUGUAGGAAAUUUACUGUCACAAUUAAAAUAUCUAGCAUUGCUGUUAACUUUUGUUUGCGUAUGGCAGAACGUUAUAAAAUUUGAACAAACCAUGUUUGUGUUACAUACGCAUAAAGGUGCCUAAUUUCCAUUUCAUGUUGUGCCAACUUUUUAUAUUACUGAAAUUAUCUUAAUUAAUUUGAUCGUUACUUACAUUUAUGCAUUUAUAUUAAUUUCCGUGAUGUAUUUAAUGUAACAAAGAGCCUUAGUUAAAAGUUUAGUUUUUAGAAUAGGUUAGCGAGAAUUAUUCUUUAACUUUUGACUGUAUGGAGGUGAUUUUUUGUUAGUUUUCUUUUUACUGAUUCGUAGUAUUAACGAAACCGUUUCCGCUUACAACUCUAGCAGUUUUUGAGUUUAUAAACGCGAUACCACACCACGCUUGUGUAUUACAUCACAAUCUAGAUUCUCUUUUCCAUCUCUCACUUACAAAACUGAUAUAAAAUUAGCUGCCAAUAAGUCUUUUUCUAGUUAUUGAAUAAUAUUAAUUUAGUUUUAUUUUCUUACACUGUUGCAAUCUGUCUGCAGCAUUGUGAACUUAGAGAUCUGAAUAAUAAAGUGUAAUUUAUUUUAAUGCUAAGUAUCUAUUAGAUAUUGUUAUAGAAGUGGAGAGGUCGCAGCUCUUUGUGAUUCCGCUCAACCUGUUCACACUUUGCCAGGCCCGAUAUUUCGGCGUUUUGUGCUGCCAGCCCUACUCGAAACGGAAAUCUAUCUCAACUGUAGCAUUCACACAACAUUCGUCUUCGUAAAAAUUGUCAUAACUAAAUAAAAAUGGCCUUGUAUAAUUAUUGUAAACGUUAAAAUAAUGUAAAUUCACAUCGUUUAUUUGUUUCUAUACAUUGUACCUAUAAUAUUUUUUUUCAAUAUUGUAGAGACUGAAAGUCCAAAAUUGAGUCUAUAGUUUUGUACAUACGUCGCUGUUGUAAGUAUAUAUUGUAAUAAUAACGUGAGUAUUUAAGAGAGGUAAAUGCAAUAAUUUUUCUGUAUUAGAAUUCCUUUUGAUGUAAAUAAGACACGGAUGGAAGACGUGAAUCUUCAAAGUAGUUAUGUAAACAUCGAAAUGUAUAUUCGAUUGUAAACGAUAUACGAAUACCCUAACGACAAUGUAUAUUUUCAUUAAACAACAUACUUGCAUUUCUGAAUUCAUAUUUUACUGUAUAAUAACCGUAGAGUCAGUGCCAUUCAGCGAAUUGUAGCAUCAGAAACAGUUGUAUCAUACAUGGAUUUAGUUGAAACAAAAUAAGUGUUGGUAAAAUUAUUCAAUGUUGUCCAAUUUUGUUAGCUUCAAACGUCUUUUAACCGUUUUCCCAGAAAGGUGUGUGAAUAGAUGCAAUAAAAUUUAAUACAGAAAUAUUU